GCUGCAAAUCAAUACUGACGCUAAUUUGGUCCCGCAAAAAAUCGUAAAAACAACAAAUUUUGCCACGAAAGUAGUGUGAAAAAUUGCGAAAAAAGUGCGUGAAAAAAAUGGCCGAAUAUACAGACUCAUUUGGUGUCGCUCCAAUUGAUAUCGGAGGCUCGAGCAACUUGUCAUUACGACGCCCCUUCGAUCCUGCCGCUCAUGACUUGGAAUCGUCGUUCCGCCUCACGCGAUUUGCCGACUUGAAAGGUCGCGGCUGCAAAGUGCCGCAAGAAGUGCUCAACAAACUCGUGUCGUCGCUCCAGCAAGAUUACACACAGGAACAUGAUAGCUUCAUGCAUAUGGCUGUGCCUCGCAUCGGCAUCGGUCUCGAUUGUUCCGUAACGCCGUUGCGUCAUGGCGGUUUGUGUUUAGUGCAAACGACAGAUUUCUUCUAUCCCAUUGUCGAUGACCCCUAUAUGAUGGGAAAAAUCGCUUGUAGCAACGUUUUGAGCGACUUGUAUGCCAUGGGAGUGACGGAAUGCGAUAACAUGUUGAUGUUGUUGGGCGUCAGUACGAAAAUGACGGAAAAGGAACGAGAUGUUGUCAUUCCCUUGAUAAUGCGUGGCUUCAAGGAUGCCGCUUUGGAAGCUGAGACGUCGGUAACGGGCGGGCAAAGUGUCGUUAAUCCGUGGUGCACAAUUGGAGGCGUCGCAUCGACAAUUUGCCAAGUCAACGAAUACAUUGUGCCCGAUAAUGCGGUUGUUGGCGACGUUUUGGUUUUAACAAAACCUCUGGGCACCCAAGUUGCCGUCAAUGCACAUCAAUGGCUCGAUCAACCCGAACGCUGGAAUCGCAUCAAACUCGUCGUAUCGGAAGAAGACGUUCGCAAGGCUUAUCAUCGUGCAAUGGAUUCGAUGGCACGUCUCAAUCGCAUCGCAGCUCGUUUGAUGCACAAAUAUAACGCACACGGCGCCACAGAUGUCACGGGCUUCGGAUUGUUAGGACAUGCCCAAACUUUGGCGUCGCAUCAAAAGAACGAAGUUUCCUUCGUCAUUCACAAUUUGCCCGUUAUCGCGAAAAUGGCAACUGUCGCAAAGGCUUGCGGCAACAUGUUCCAAUUGUUGCAAGGACAUUCCGCCGAAACGAGCGGAGGACUUUUGAUUUGUUUGCCACGCGAACAAGCAGCUGCCUACUGCAAGGAUAUCGAGAAGCAGGAAGGAUAUCAGGCUUGGAUUAUCGGAAUUGUCGAGAAGGGAAAUCGCACCGCUCGCAUCAUCGACAAACCCAGAGUUAUUGAAGUGCCCGCCAAGGAAUAAGGAGAUCAUUAACGAGCACGGAAAUUCUUCUAAUUUCAACUAAAAUUUAAUAAACAUCUCAUUUGACAGAUUAAUUUUGUUUUUUUCGGAAAAGAUUCUAUAUGUAGUUUAAGUCACAAUUUAAGUUCUUUAAUAAAGAAAUCAUUCAUGAUAAAAAUA